GAUUUAUGACAAGAGAGAGGUGAGCAAAAUCUGGAAUAAAGCUUUUGAAGAGGAAAAAAAGGCAGAGAAUAAUAAAGAGAAGAGCAAAAAAAAAAUGCCUUGUGUAUAUGUGUUGGUGUAUCUGCAUGACACCGAAUCACUAGUGAAGAAACUCUGUUGUGGUGAUGUUAUUAUUUUCCCUUCCUCAAAUUUCUUCUCAUUUAUAACAAGCCAACCUCAGCACAAGGAAAAAAUUUAUAUCAAGUAGUGAGAAUUCAAUUCAUCACACCAUGGUGAUGGUGGGGUUGAUUAAUUCUAUUUUUGCUCUUUUUCUUCAUUCAUCUUAGAUAGUACUAGCUAGCUUGCUCUUUCUUCAUCUUUUGUUGUUGAUUUACAAGAAUUCUCUAUUAAUCUUGAUAAGUUCUGUGAGAUUAAUUGGGGGUGUGAAUUGAAGAGGACUACUCAUGCAUGUGGGUUUUCCAGAAUUCUGAUUGAAGAAGAAGUAGAAAGAAGGUUACUUAAUUACUACUGUAAGAGAUAUGGCAGCAUCGUCUUCCUCAGCAUCACUCUUUGGAUUCAGAGAAGAGGAUAAUCAGAUGAACCAACAGCAGCAACAUUCCCUGGUGGCAGCAGCACCAUCCUCUUCAGCAACUCCAUCUGCACCACCACCCCAGAAGAAAAAAAGAAACCAACCUGGAACACCAAAUCCAGAUGCAGAGGUGAUAGCACUAUCUCCCAAGACCCUAAUGGCAACAAACAGGUUCAUAUGUGAGGUGUGCAACAAAGGGUUCCAAAGGGAGCAAAACUUGCAACUCCACAGAAGAGGACACAACUUGCCUUGGAAGCUUAAGCAGAAGACAAACAAAGAGCCAAAGAGAAAGGUUUAUCUGUGCCCUGAGCCCACAUGCGUCCACCAUGACCCUUCAAGGGCUCUGGGCGACCUCACAGGGAUCAAGAAGCAUUACUCUCGCAAACAUGGUGAGAAGAAGUGGAAGUGUGACAAGUGCUCCAAGAAAUAUGCUGUUCAAUCUGAUUGGAAAGCUCAUUCUAAGACUUGUGGCACCAGGGAAUACAGAUGUGACUGUGGCACUCUCUUCUCCAGGAGAGACAGUUUCAUCACCCACAGGGCCUUCUGUGAUGCAUUGGCACAAGAGAGUGCAAGACAACCUCCAAACCUGAGCAGUGCCAUUGGCAGCCAUCUAUAUGGGAGCAGCAGCAACAAUAUGGGGUUAGCCUUAUCCCAUGUGGGACCUCAAUUGUCCAACAUGCAACCAUCAGACCUAAACAACAACAACCAGUCAGCUGAGCUCUUGCGGCUCGGUGGCGCGGCCGGUCGGACCGGAGUGCAAUUUGACCAAAUGUUCCAAACAAGCCUUGGCCCAGCCUCCUUCAGACCUACACAGCAAAGCGUGGCCUCCUUCUUCUUGCCUCAUGAGUCGAACCAGAACUACCACCAUGAUCAGCAGCAACAACAACAAGGGUUGGUGCAGCAAAACAAGUCGUUUCAAGGGCUAAUUCAAUUGUCUGAACUCAACAACCACCACCAUCACAAUCACAACAACAAUUCUCCAUCAGGUGGUGCCAACAACAACAGCCUCUUCAACCUUCCAUUCCUUUCAAGCAACAACAGCACCAACAGCAGCAACACCUCCUUCUCGGACCACUUCAAUGAAAAUGGUAGUGUCAACGACCAAGCCACCAAUUUCUUCACCGGCAACGUGAUGGGUGGCGGUGGCGGCGGCGGUAGUCAUCAGCAGCACCACCAAACAACAGCAACAACCUCCGCUGCUCCUUCUCUGUUCAGCACAUCCCUCCAAGCCAACAACAGUGCAAUGGCUCACAUGUCUGCAACUGCACUCCUUCAGAAAGCUGCUCAAUUGGGUACAACUUCAAGCAACAGCACCGCUUCUCUGUUGAAAAGCUUUGGAAGCUCUUCCUCUAGCAGUGCACCCAAACCAAUGGCUGGUGCUGCUGCAAACUAUGGCGGCGUCGGCGUCGGUAUGUUCAACGAGCAGAACAACCUGCAGGACUUGAUGAACUCGUUUGCUGCGGCAAGUGGCAGCGGCGGCCAUAACAAUGUUUCCUCCAUGUUUGAAACUGGGGGGUUUGAGGCUUAUGAUCGUGCAGGUGGUGUGAGUAGGGAUCAGCAGAAGAUGCAGGCGGCGAUGAGCAUUGGAGGGUCUGAUAGGCUGAGUACUCGUGAUUUUCUUGGUGUUGGUCAGAUUGUGAGAAGCAUGAGUGGUGGUGGACAAAGAGAACAGCAACAUGCUUUUAAUGCUUUGGAGGCAGAGAGAAAUGCUGCUGCUGCUACAGCUGCGCCGUCAGGGCAAUCUUUUGGAGGUGGUGGAGGGAAUUUUCAGUGACAAAGCAAAUCAUCAGAAAGUAAUUGAGAACAAAGGGAUUUCAGCUUGUUCCAUUGACUGUCAAGCUCAUCUAGUAAAGGCUUUUGAGAUCAGCAUUUGGGAAGCAUGGGAAUAUCUGGACUUUAUUAUUAAUAGAACAACAAAAAAUUAGACUUCAACAUUAGGCUUCUUCUUCAACUCCGUUACAUUGGGAUAAAAAAAAAUCGUUAAUAUUUCUGCUCCUCCCCCCGCUACAACUUUAUUUGGAUUAUGAACAAAGUAGCUUCAAGUUUUUCAUGUUUAAUUUAAUAGAUUUUGUUAUUGGACAAAUGCAUUAGUUAUUGCAUCCGUUAUGACUGAACAA